AUGAAAAGGUCGACAACUAAAGAAACAACCCCUCCAGAGAUUCGGAGCCCUGGAGAACGGCGCGCGGGGGAGUCUUGUCCCUCUCCCCCCGUGUCGACAUCGAGCGUUGGGAGUGGGGCGGGGGCUAGGACGAGGCCCUCGCUCAAACCAGCUAUCGUCAGCAUAGAGAAACUGCAGAUGGAUGUAUCUGCCCUCAGAUCGCGACCGGGUAAGGCGAGUGAGUUAUCCUCGCCCUCAACACCCGAGCAAUAUGAAGAGGCAUUAUCUGAGACCCCGGCGGCCAAACCUAGCAGGACUAUGACGAGGAGCAUAAAUGCACGAAACACGGAGGUGGAAUUUGUAUCCGCCUUCCAAGCGGUUGAGUCAGCGAGACCAAGGACACUGUUAGACGGGAACCUAGAGAUCGUCUCAAUGGAAAUAGGUACAGGCGCUAGGAGGGGGUCUACUUCUUCUUCCUCCGGGAAAAUAAGACCUCCCCAGAGGGUGGGACAGAAGAGGAAAAAAGUCCUGACGUCGCCCGAAACAGAGGAGGAAUCACCUAGGACAAACUUGUCAGACACCCAGAGGAAAGAAUUGGACCAAAGGCUACAAGAUAUGGAGCGGCUCUCAUCCUCCGAUAUGGCGGCUAGAGCCAUGGAGUUGCUCGAAGAUACGGAGGAAUGCCGCAGGAUGUCGAAUAACAUCAAGGGCUCGAUAACUCGGAAGAUGAAGCUAAACGUGGCUGCCGUGGCUGAAAUAACAAAAAUCUUAUCUAUGAGGGCCUCACAGGAGGGGGACGUUGGCUUCCUGAGAGCCAGAUUCGCCGACAUGCAAAGCGAGAUUAAUGGGCUCAGAGAAGAGAAUCAGCGCCUAAAGCUACAAAUGGAGGAAAUCCAAAGCGGACUUAACAUAAGGGCCAGCCCGACGGGAAAUCGUGAUCUCGGGCGUGGAUCACCCACGGCGCGAAUGGAGGUCUCGCCGGACCCCCCGCUGGGACUAGAGAUAAGUAGGAGCCGAGAAGCCUCAGCGCGUCCGCAGCCUGAGAGAAAAGCCAGAGCAACGCGGAGUGGAGGAGCAACGAAACCCUCCCCAGUUAAACAGACAGGGAUACUCGAAGAAGAAUUCCUGGACAGACUGGGCACAAUUAUAAGUGGGGCAGUAGCAAAUGCGUUGUGGACACAGCUCCCCGGGCGCAGAGUCGACGGUGAGAGGAAACACGUGAGACCGAGGGAUCCUCCCGACGAAGAAGGUGGAGGCUCAUCUGUGGCCAAUGCAGACUCCCAAGCGGCGGAGACGGACGAUAAUAGGCCCCCGCUGCAGAAAAGGUUAACAAGAAGCCAAAAAAGGAGAGAACGGAGGACUCGGGCUGGAAGGGCGGAAGACUUAAUCAGAGGCGUGGCAGAGGAGGUAAACAGGCCUAGAUACAUAGAAGACUUCCCUCCUCUGCCGGUGGCAGAAAGGGAGGAUGCACGGCCACGACUUGUUCGUGAAGGCGUACGGCCAAAUCAACGAGGGGAGAGAGAAUACGAGGAGGCCGCCCGAACACAGAUGAAUAGAAGGGCUGCUGGAGCACCGCGUAGGGGGGCCCCCCGUUCAUCAGCCAUCACGAUCUCUCGCCCGGAGGAUGGAAUGACUUAUUUCGAGAUAAUCCGAAAAGCCCGGGAUGAGAUAACACUCGAGGAACUCGGCAUCGAAGAAACCAGGACGCGGAGCACAGUGGCUGGAAAUGUCCUGAUAGAGAUCCCAGGUGAAAAUACAUCACCGGCCGCAGAUAACCUGGCAAGAAAGUUACGCGAGGCGUUCAGGGACACGAACGUCCAGAUCAGAAGGCCCACCCUGAGGGGAGAGUUAAGACUGGCGGGACUGGACGCUUCGGUAACUACGGAAAAAUUGAUCGAGACGCUGGCCAAAGAGGGCAACUGCGAUGAGGCGAGUGUCCGUUUGGGCUCCUUCCGACUAGCGAGGAAUGGCCUGAAAACGGUCUGGCUCCAGUGCCCCUUAGAUACCGCGAAUAAACUGGCGGAGGCUGGAAGGCUUAGGGUCGGCUGGUCCACUGCCCUUGUGGUGCUCCUGAAAAGAAGACCCAUGCAGUGUUUCAGGUGUUUCGCCACGGGCCACGUAAGGGAUAGAUGCCCGAGUAACGUAGACAGAACAGAUAGAUGUUUUAACUGCGGUGAAGCGGGAUACACUAUGAGGGAGUGCGGAAAACCCUCGUGUUGUCCGAUUUGCAAGGACAAGGGCCUGAAUCACAAUCACAGGGCAGGCUCAGAGGUCUGCCUACCGUGCCCGCCGAGGAAAGACCUCCGUAAUAGCCCGAGGCGAAGUGAGACCCUGGCCAAUCGGAGUAACGCGGCCGAGGAACGGACAGCUAAGUAA